AAAAAAUGAAAACAACCAAACUGGGACCUGCUUUGGAUCAACCCAAACCAACAAAAUCCAGUCGAUCGUAACAACGUCCGAUUCAUCGCCGCCGACUCAUAUUACUCCUAUACCGGCGAGCACAACACACGGCGGAGAACAACCUUAGUUAACCACCGAUAUCAAAAUUCCACGAUGGAACAACUCCAAACACUGCCACCGCCUUCUCACCUCUCGCAUUCCGCACUUUCCUUCCUCGACCACAAGCUUCACACCGCAACUGUCCUCGCUGAAUCUCCCAAUUUCGUCGCCGAGCUUCAAACUCAGUGCUCUGAGUUGGAUCGGGCUCUUGCCGAGUUGACUCGGAGGCUCGGAGCAGGUCUUGCAGCAUAUGCGUCAUUUUCCGGUGAAAUUCACAGCCUCUUCGUUGGUGUUAACUCUAAAUUGAAUGAGUUAUCAGCUACGUGCUCCUCCGGCAUCGUGCCAGAUGGAGGAAGAGGCGAAGGAGAGGGUAAAGGUGGGAAAGGUUUCAGAGAAGAACUUGCGACUUUGGCGAAGGAAGUGGCUAGGUUGGAAACAGUUCGUGUUUAUGCAGAGACAGCACUGAAGCUUGAUACUUUGGUUGGUGAUAUCGAAGAUGCCGUAUCGUAUACCAUGAGCAAAAACAUAAGGAAACAUUCUUCUGACGAGAAUUCAGGCGAUAUGCGUUUGUUUGCUAUUAAAACACUAAAAAUGACAGAGGAAAUAUUGACUUCAAUUACAAAGAUGCACCCUCAAUGGAGACAUCUUGUAUCAGCAGUUGACCAUAGAGUAGAUCGAGCUCUAGCUAUUUUAAGACCUCAGGCAAUUGCUGAUCAUCGCUCACUUCUAGCUCUGCUUGGAUGGCCCCCAGCUCUGUCUGUAAUAGCUUCCCCGCACUCAGAUGCAAGGAGUGCAAAUCAAGUCUUGAAUCCUCUACAAAGCAUGCAAGCCGAUCAUAAGCUCAAGUAUUCAGAAAAUUUUCUUGCUCUGUGCAACCUACAGGAGUUGCAAAGGAAAAGGAAAUCUAGACAACUUGUGGGCCAUGAUAGGGAGGUUGCCCUACGACAACCACUCUGGGCAAUUGAAGAGCUUGUGAAUCCCUUAUCAUUGGCUUCCCAAAAGCAUUUUUCAAAAUGGGUUGAUAAGCCAGAAUUUAUUUUUACCCUCGUGUUUAAGAUCACAAGGGAUUAUGUUGACUCUCUGGAUGAAAUGUUGCAGCCAUUGGUUGAUGAAGCUAAGGUAGUUGGAUAUAGUUGCCGAGAAGAAUGGAUCUCAGCCAUGGUAACCUCUUUAUGCACAUACUUGGCAAAGGAAGUUUUCCCUAGUUACAUUACUCAACUAGAUGAAGAGAGUGUUACGGGUGUUCAGUCAUCCGCUAGAAUAUCAUGGCUGCACCUCAUUGACUUGAUGAUAGCUUUUGACAAAAGGAUUAUAUCUAUGGUAGAACAUUCUGGGAUUUUGUUAUCUUUAGAUGAUGAUAUCUUGCAGAGAGUUUCUUCUCUAUCUGUUUUUUGUGAUCGUCCAGAUUGGCUUAAUCUGUGGGCAGAAAUAGAACUUGGUGAUGCCCUAGAUAAGUUGAAACCAGACACCGAAAACGAGAGCAACUGGAAAAAGAAAAUUGAAAGUGUAGUUCUUUCAACAUGUACUGAUGAUCAUAAGUCUCCUCUGGUUUCCAGUGCCUUUGUUCGCCGUCUAGCAUCUAUUGUUGAACGCUGUCGGUCAUUGCCUAGUGUUACUUUGAGGUCGAAAUUUCUCAGGUUAGUUGGUGUGCCGAUUAUAAGAAAGUUUUUUGAUUCCAUACUUCUCCGCUGCCAAGAAGCUGAAGGGUUGACUGCCUUAACUGACAACGACGCUUUAGUUAAAGUUGCAAUUUCCAUCAAUGCUGCUCGUUACUUUGAAUCUGUUUUAAAGGAAUGGUCUGAGGAAGUCUUUUUCCUUGAGAUGGGAGUGAAUGAGGACGACAACAACGGAGAAUUACCAAGUAAUACAAAUAGGGAUCGUGACGGGUUACCAGAGAGUUCCAAUAGAAUUAUCUUUGACGAUGAGAUCAAAAAGAUGGAAGAGUUUAGAACAGAGUGGGUUGAAAAGAUAGCUGUAGUUAUUUUAAGAGGAUUUGAUGCGCGUUCUCGAGAAUAUCUGAAGAACAAAAAGCAAUGGCAAAAGAGUGAAGAAGGAUGGACAGUAUCAAAGACUUUAAUAGAGGCCUUGGAUCAUCUGCAAGGUAGAAUGUUGGUGGUAGAAGAAGGUUUGAACAGUAGGGAUUUUGUUGCGGUUUGGAGGGGUUUGGCAGCAGGAAUUGAUCGGUUAAUUUUUAACGGUAUUCUCCUUAGCAAUGCAAAGUUUCAUAAUGGCGGCGUUGAAAGAUUUGCUAGUGACCUGGAUGUUUUAUUUGGGGUAUUUGGGGCAUGGUGUUUGAGGCCAGAAGGUUUUUUUCCAAAAUCAAAUGAAGGUCUUAAGUUGUUGAAGAUGGAUGAAAAGAGAGUACAAGAAUGUAUGACAGGAGGGAAGAGAUGGUUGAAAGAUAACGGGAUUCGACAUUUAAGUGUAUCUGAAGCAGAGAAGAUUUUGAAGAACAGAGUAUUCACAAGUUGAAGCUUUUAGCUUAACUGGGCUAAGGGAUUUAAGUGUAUCUGAAAGCAGAAAUGAUUUUGAAGAACAGAGUAUACCAGUUGAAGCUUUUGGGUUACUGUUUUUUGCACAUGCAUAGUAGAAAUGGCAUAAAGAAGUGUGAAAGUCUAGAGGCUGUGAAUUCAAUUUUGCAAAUUUGGUUUUAAAAUUUAUUAUUCUUUUAGAAUAUGAGUGGUAAUUGCCUUAUAAAUCAAAUACCUCAAAUCUGGGUUAAGUUUGUUAUACUAUUUCUAUAUGCCAAUUAUACUGUAAAUUUGCCAUGAAGAUUGUGGAAAACUAUUCUCCUCAUCAUGUAAUUCAUCAUUUUUUAAACUGAAAUUUUAAGUUUGAAAUCAAAAUGAGUCUUGUGAAUAAGCAAUUCCCUUGUUUUAUAGUAUCUCAUAACCCAGGACAAUUUGUGCAUUAGGUACAUUUUGUGUGAACUUUGAGCUGUCUUGUAAUAUGUAGUGCAUUUGGAUUUCAAUCUUUGGAUUUUCAUAAAUUCGAGAGAAUUGGUAUGGGUGUAA